AUGUCUACUGUUUCAGAAUUCGGAAUCGGUCGAUUCAUAUUCCGCACUAUCGUCUUCUGGAUCAUCAUCUUCAGUGCCGCUUCUGUUCCGAAUUUCGGAGUCUUCGUGAAUCUGGGAAGUUCGUGCAUGAGUUGGAAGGAGGAGGAUGAACUUUCAAACAUCACGAAGUUUGGCACUGCUGGAGUUGGAGAUGAAGCACGAGGCAUCUGGCUGACCUGUUUGUCAACGAGUAAAAAACACCACAAAAUACGGUUCCCUGAGGAUGAAAAAAAGAUGAAUGAACAGUGCAUGGGGAAAAUUUGCCGGUUGUUGUUGGAAAGGUUUUUGGGAGUCAGAAGAUUUGAUGUAUUGCGACACGGACUCAGUCGAUGGGAAGAUUGA